GUAUGUAUUUACAUUGCAUUGAUUUUGUCUUAGGAGCAGACACUAAGGAAUUCUUAUCAAUAAAAUGGAAACAAAAAUGCUGAACAUUCAAGACUACACUAACUACAUUAAGUGUGGUGAAAUCUUAAAGUCACCAUUACCAAAUUAUCAAUAUCCAUUUAUUCUCAAAUGUUUUCAGUGUGACAAAAUAAAUUUCAUUUUGGAAUCUUUUAUAAUACAUAUACAAGAACAUUGUGUGGAUGAAAAAAGUUUAAAAGAAAGCAUUGAUAUGAAUGUUAUAAAUGAAAGUGAAGAAGUAGAAAAUCCUAUUUUAAAAAUAGAGACUAUUCUUAUGGAGGAGAACGAUCCUCUAGUUGAAGUUAAAAAUGAACUUAUUGGUGGCGAUCUACAGGAAGCUGGUGACACUCAUAGCAAUUCAUUAGAAGAUAAGGAAGAUGAUGAAAAUUAUUCGGAGAGCACAGAUGAAGAAUUUCAUACAGAAGAAAGUCAAACAGAAGACGAUGAGAUUCUAAACGUUAAAACUACAAAAAAGAAGAAAACAAUAUCUCCGAAUAUUGAAAAAUUUAUAAAAUCCAAGCCAAAAAUGCAAACAUUAAUAGAACUUUAUAAAAAUCAACCAAACUUGUGGAAUAAGGACUUGCCAUUUCAUCGUUUUAGAGAUAAAAGGCAAUCAUUUCUUGAAGAAAUUACUAAUGAAUUAAAUAGUAAACUACAUACAAAAUACACAUGGAAUGAUGUAUCAAAUUUUAUUUCCUACAUUUAUCGUAAACACCGAGAAGACUUUAAAAGACUACGACUUUUUGGAGACGACGAUAAAUCUUUGAAAGAUAUAAAACAUAAAUGUACAUGGUUUUUUCCUGAUUUAUAUUUUUUGAGGUCCAAGUCAGAAAUACAACUAAAGAAAUUGGAUACAAAUUUACCAGAUUUAACUGACGAGCAAGUUAUUAAAAUUAUACAAAUAUAUAAAGAAUUUCCACAUCUUUGGAAUACAAAUCUAAUCGAAUAUAUAUGCACAAAUAAAAGACAUGAAGCUCAUCGUGAAAUGUUGCAGAGUUUAGAGAUAAACAUGAACAUAAAUAUAAGUGUAACAGUUUUAGAAGAAUAUUUACGUUCUUUACAUAAUUACUUUUCUAAGGAAAAACAGCUUCGAAAAAAAAGUAGUGGUACUAAAGCGGAAAAUCUUGCAGAAGACUAUUAUAAACACUUAUUAUAUUUAUAUGACCACGAAGGUCCAUUUAAUUGUGUUGAAUGUAAUCGGUUGUAUUCAAAACCAUUAGGUUUUAAACUUCAUAAAUCUACACAUGAUAAUUCUAUACCAUUCACAUGUUCACUCUGCACUAAAGAGUUUAAAACUAUUCAAACAUAUAAAGUUCAUGCAAAACGUCACUUUGAGGAUCUUGAAUUUGCCUGUACAGAAUGCAAUCGCAAAUUUCUCGCUUACGCUGAUCUCAAAGUGCACUUAUUAACUCACACUGGAGAUAAGCCUUACUUUUGUGAAAUAUGUGGCACUUCCUAUCGCCAUAUUCAAUGUUUUAAGAGACAUCAAAGACGCCAUGAUAAACGAUACACUCACAUAUGUGAUAUUUGUUCUAAAGGUUAUUAUACUAAAGAUCGUUAUGUUGAUCAUAUGAACUCGCACAUGAAUAUUCGUCCACACAUUUGUCAAUUGUGUGGUAAGGGAUUUUUUACAAACCGAGCAUUAAAGACGCACUCAGUCACUCAUGAGGAGGCGAGGAAUCAUGCAUGUAAAUUAUGCGGAAAAACUUUUAAAUUGAAAAUAGGUGUAUUACAACAUAUGCGCACUCAUGGUAGCAAAUUUGAAAUUGAAGAGAAAAAUUGAAUAAAAUGUUAAAAAAUUUUCAACAUA